GGGCGGCAGCCGCGCGCGACCCGGCUGGGAAACAGUUAGCGGCUAGUAAACAACAGCUGCGCGCGCCGCCUCAGCAGGCGCCCAGCCCGCAUCUGCGACCUCCGCCCGCGCCGCCUGUCUCCGCUGCCGCUCGUAGAGCCAGCCUGCGUGGCCGUCUCUGCCGGGACCGAGGAAAGAGCGGUGGGGCUACCCUGCGCCGGGCCGGGCCGGGCCGGGGCGAACGGUCUCCGGGCAGAGGGGUGGCGCGACCUGUCACGCGCGGGAACAGCCCGGCGAGCCUGGCGAGGACCUGGCGCGACCCCGAGCUGCUGUCCGCGGUGUCCUGAGUCCACAGUCUCCUGCAGAUCCAGGGACUCCCUGCCAGAAGAGCGGGCGCGCCGCCCCCGCACUCUCGGCGGCAGGAAUCGUCUGCCCUGCGUCCUCAGCCUUCUCCAUCCCUAGUGUGUUAUUCCUCCCGUUAUGCGUGCGCACCUCUUGCACCAGACCCAAGUGGAUUCUCGACCUCAAAAACAGCGGGUGGCUCUGCUCACACCUCCUCCCAGCCAGACCUGUGGGGUAUUCACCUGAUGCACAACAGGUGGCCGGGCGCGCGUCUUUUCGCAAUCUGAUCCAUGCUCAAUUCACCUAAUCAGGGUGGGCCUGCUCGCGCUUUGCUCAGCUAGAGCUGUGGACACUCCGCAGACAGAGGAACCUGGGGACUGGGGAGAGGAACUGCCUGGCCGGAGCCUGGGGUUGGGGCAAGCUGCUCCCGUGCUGGGAGAGCAUGGCAUUGCGCGCUCAGCUCUGGGCCAGGGGACACAGCUAGGUAGUUCUUCAUUCCGAAGGAACUAAGUUACACAGGAUUGGCAUCGUUCUUGUUUCUCAGAAAUAAUUUUUAAGCCAUUUGUAGUACUUUUUCUGGGACAGUUGUCUUGAAUUCUUGAGUAGAAGGAUUCUCAUUUGGGGCCUUUUGAGGGAUGUGAACUAAGGUAAUUGAGUUUAAAGUCUAUUUUUAUGAUCAGAAGUAUCUAGCUAGGAGAAAGAUUUUUGCAGCGUUUGUCCUUUUUCUUUGUCAAAAAGGAAAAGAAACAUGCAUCCUCCAGAAACCACCACAAAGAUGGCUUCAGUUCGGUUCAUGGUGACACCAACAAAGAUCGAUGACAUUCCAGGCUUGUCAGACACUAGCCCGGACCUCAGCUCUCGUUCUAGUUCCCGUGUACGAUUUAGCUCCAGGGAAAGUGUGCCAGAAACAAGCCGUAGUGAGCCUAUGAGUGAGAUGUCUGGGGCCACCACUUCUCUAGCAACUGUUGCCCUGGAUCCUGCCAGUGACCGGACCUCCAACCCCCAGGAUGUCACCGAGGACCCGAGUCAGAACUCCAUCACAGGGGAGCACAGCCAGCUGUUAGAUGAUGGGCAUAAGAAAGCUCGAAAUGCUUAUCUCAAUAAUUCCAAUUAUGAAGAAGGAAAUGAAUAUUUUGAUAAAAAUUUGGCACUCUUUGAGGAAGAAAUGGACACCAGACCAAAGGUAUCUUCUCUCCUUAAUCGCAUGGCCAAUUACACUAAUCUGACACAAGGAGCAAAGGAACAUGAAGAGGCAGAGAAUAUCACUGAAGGGAAAAAGAAGCCAGCCAAGACCCCCCAAAUGGGUACCUUCAUGGGUGUCUACCUCCCAUGUCUACAAAAUAUUUUUGGAGUGAUUCUCUUUCUACGCCUUACAUGGGUAGUGGGCACAGCUGGAGUUCUUCAGGCCUUUGCAAUUGUCCUUAUCUGCUGCUGCUGUACAAUGUUGACUGCUAUCUCCAUGAGUGCCAUUGCCACCAAUGGAGUGGUGCCAGCUGGAGGCUCUUACUUUAUGAUAUCCCGGGCACUGGGUCCAGAGUUUGGAGGAGCUGUUGGCCUCUGCUUUUAUCUUGGUACCACAUUUGCAGCAGCCAUGUAUAUCCUUGGUGCCAUUGAAAUUUUUCUGGUAUACAUUGUACCCCGGGCUGCCAUCUUUCGCAGUGAUGAUGCCCUCAAGGAAUCAGCAGCCAUGCUAAAUAACAUGCGUGUCUAUGGCACGGCCUUCUUGGUUCUCAUGGUAUUGGUGGUAUUCAUCGGUGUGCGCUACGUGAACAAGUUUGCCUCACUUUUCCUGGCCUGUGUCAUUGUAUCCAUCUUGGCAAUCUAUGCUGGCGCCAUCAAGUCAUCUUUUGCCCCCCCCCACUUCCCGGUCUGCAUGCUGGGUAACCGCACUCUUUCAUCAAGACACAUUGACAUUUGCUCCAAGACCAAGGAAAUUAAUAACAUGACAGUGCCAUCAAAACUAUGGGGCUUCUUCUGUAACUCCAGUCAGUUUUUCAAUGCCACCUGUGAUGAAUACUUUGUUCACAAUAAUGUCACUUCAAUCCAGGGCAUUCCUGGCUUGGCUAGUGGUAUCAUUACAGAGAACCUUUGGAGUAAUUAUCUACCUAAGGGAGAGAUCAUUGAAAAGUCCUCAGCCAAAUCAUCUGAUGUCCUGGGAAACUUAAAUCAUGAAUAUGUUCUUGUUGACAUUACCACCUCCUUCACUCUCCUGGUGGGGAUAUUCUUUCCCUCUGUCACAGGUAUCAUGGCUGGAUCAAAUAGAUCUGGAGAUCUGAAGGAUGCUCAGAAGUCUAUUCCCAUUGGAACGAUACUUGCCAUCCUCACCACAUCCUUUGUCUAUUUAAGCAAUGUUGUCCUUUUUGGUGCAUGUAUCGAAGGGGUUGUUCUCAGAGACAAGUUUGGGGAUGCUGUAAAAGGUAACUUGGUGGUGGGGACCUUGUCUUGGCCAUCCCCAUGGGUGAUUGUCAUUGGCUCCUUCUUUUCAACUUGUGGGGCUGGACUUCAGAGCCUCACAGGUGCACCACGGCUGUUACAGGCUAUUGCCAAGGAUAACAUCAUACCAUUCCUGAGGGUUUUCGGUCACAGCAAAGCCAAUGGGGAGCCUACUUGGGCUUUGCUUCUGACUGCUGCCAUUGCAGAGCUGGGAAUCCUUAUUGCCUCCCUUGAUCUUGUGGCACCAAUUCUGUCUAUGUUCUUCCUCAUGUGUUACCUCUUUGUGAACUUGGCGUGUGCUUUGCAGACGUUACUUCGAACACCCAACUGGAGACCCCGAUUCCGCUACUACCACUGGGCCCUCUCUUUCAUGGGGAUGAGUAUCUGUCUGGCUCUGAUGUUCAUUUCUUCCUGGUAUUAUGCCAUUGUAGCAAUGGUAAUAGCUGGUAUGAUCUACAAGUACAUUGAGUACCAAGGAGCUGAGAAAGAAUGGGGUGAUGGCAUCCGUGGGCUGUCGCUCAGUGCAGCCAGAUUUGCUUUACUUCGGCUGGAGGAAGGACCUCCACACACUAAAAACUGGAGGCCUCAGCUGCUUGUAUUGCUGAAACUGGACGAAGAUUUACAUGUCAAGCAUCCUCGCCUCCUUACAUUUGCAUCACAGCUGAAAGCAGGAAAAGGUCUCACUAUUGUGGGCUCUGUUAUUGUGGGGAACUUCCUGGAGAACUAUGGUGAAGCUUUAGCUGCUGAGCAGACGAUUAAGCAUCUAAUGGAAGCAGAGAAAGUAAAAGGAUUCAGCCAGCUGGUGGUUGCUGCCAAACUUCGAGAGGGCAUUUCCCACCUCAUCCAGUCCUGUGGCCUUGGGGGCAUGAAGCACAACACAGUGGUGAUGGGCUGGCCUAAUGGCUGGCGUCAGAGUGAAGAUGCUCGUGCUUGGAAAACUUUUAUUGGCACAGUUCGUGUGACAACUGCUGCUCAUCUUGCUCUGUUGGUGGCUAAAAAUGUCUCCUUCUUUCCCAGCAAUGUGGAGCAAUUUUCUGAGGGCAACAUUGAUGUGUGGUGGAUUGUGCAUGACGGGGGGAUGCUCAUGCUUUUACCAUUCCUACUGAAACAGCACAAGGUGUGGCGAAAAUGCAGCAUACGAAUCUUCACAGUAGCCCAAUUAGAAGACAACAGUAUUCAGAUGAAGAAAGACCUGGCCACCUUCCUGUAUCACUUGCGCAUUGAGGCAGAAGUGGAAGUGGUAGAAAUGCAUGACAGUGACAUAUCAGCUUAUACUUAUGAGCGUACUCUGAUGAUGGAGCAGAGGUCCCAGAUGCUCCGGCACAUGCGGCUCUCCAAAACGGAACGAGACAGAGAGGCACAAUUGGUGAAAGACCGGAACUCAAUGCUACGAUUGACCAGCAUUGGUUCUGAUGAGGAUGAAGAGACAGAAACCUAUCAAGAGAAGGUACACAUGACUUGGACAAAGGACAAGUACAUGGCUUCCAGGGGACAAAAGGCCAAGUCAAUGGAAGGAUUCCAGGACCUCCUUAACAUGCGUCCGGACCAGUCUAAUGUAAGACGGAUGCAUACAGCAGUAAAGCUCAAUGAAGUUAUAGUAAACAAGUCCCAUGAAGCAAAGCUGGUUUUGUUGAACAUGCCAGGACCACCCCGAAACCCUGAAGGUGAUGAAAACUACAUGGAAUUCCUAGAAGUGCUCACUGAGGGACUUGAACGAGUUCUCCUUGUCCGGGGUGGUGGCAGUGAAGUGAUCACCAUUUAUUCAUAACCUAGUCUAAGUGACUCUACUUGGUUUCACUUUUUCCUAAAUGGCUUUCCAUCCUCCAUUGAAGUGACAGCCCUUUCCUAUUGCUCCCACUGUACAGGCCUGUGUUUUACACCCAUCACACAAGAUGAGCUGGCCUCAAGGCCUUGUGCAAGAGUACAAAUAGAUGUGUUCUUGGCUCCUAAAUGAUCUUAACAGAAGCAGCAGGUUAUUCCCUCAGCAUCAAAAGAAUGAACAAAUCAUAAAAGCCAUUUCCUUACCAGUAGAAGACAAGUUAGGAUUACCAAGCUAAGUCAACAAGUGGGAAGCCCUUGAGCAUACCACUGAAGUUGGUGAAAUGGUAAAAGGGAUGCUAGAAAUUCACCUAAAGACAAAAAACAAGUACAUAUCCAGCAUUAAAUAUUGGU